AUGAGCCGGGAGGGCGGCCGGGCCCCGCGGCUGGUGGAGGUGAUCCGAGUGAAAAGAGUUGCACCAUAUAGGAAACGUUUCUUAAUAACUUGGAGGAAGGAACAUUGCAAUUUUUCCAUUUCAGAUCGCCUUUGUUUUGCCAUUCUCUACAGCAGACCAAAGAGUGCACCAAAUGUACAUUAUUUCAGCAUAGAUAAUGAACUUGAAUAUGAGAGCUUCUAUGCAGAUUUUGGACCGCUCAAUCUGGCAAUGGUUUACAGAUAUUGUUGCAAGAUAAAUAAGAAAUUAAAGUCCAUUACAAUGAUAAGGAAGAAAAUUAUUCAUUUUACUGGCUCUGACCAGAGAAAACAAGCAAAUGCUGCUUUCCUUGUUGGAUGUUAUAUGGUUAUAUAUUUGGGGAGAACUCCAGAAGAAGCAUAUAGAAUAUUAAUCUUUGGAGAUAUAUCCUAUAUGCCUUUCAGAGAUGCUGCCUAUGGAAGCUGCAGUUUCUACAUUACACUUCUCGACUGUUUUCACGCAGUAAAGAAGGCAAUGCAGUAUGGCUUCCUUGACUUCAACUCUUUUAGCCUUGAUGAGUAUGAACACUAUGAAAAAGCAGAAAAUGGAGAUUUAAAUUGGAUAAUACCAGACCGAUUUAUUGCCUUCUGUGGACCUCAUACAAGAUCCAGACUUGAAAGUGGUUACCACCAGCACUCUCCUGAGACUUAUAUCCCCUACUUUAAGAAUCACCAUGUUACUACCAUUAUUCGCCUGAAUAAAAGGAUGUACGAUGCUAAGCGCUUUACGGAGGCCGGUUUUGAUCACCACGACCUUUUCUUUGCGGAUGGCAGCACCCCUACCGAUGCCAUUGUCCAAGAAUUUUUGGAUAUUUGUGAAAAUGCUGAGGGUGUCAUUGCAGUACAUUGUAAAGCUGGCCUGGGUCGAACGGGCACUCUGAUAGCUUGCUACAUAAUGAAGCACUACAGGAUGACGGCCGCCGAGACCAUCGCGUGGGUCAGGAUCUGUAGACCUGGCUCCGUGAUUGGGCCUCAGCAACAAUUUUUGAUGAUGAAACAAUCAAGCCUCUGGCUGGAAGGUGACUAUUUUCGUCAAAAGUUAAGGGGGCAGGAGAAUGGACAACACAGAUCAUCCUUCUCCAGACUCCUCUUGGGUGUCGAUGACAUUUCAAUAAAUGGGGUCAAGAAUCAAGACAAGCAAGAAUCUGAACCGUACAGUGAUGACGACGAAAUCGGUGGAGUGACACAAGGUGAUAGACUUCGGGCCCUGAAAAGCAGAAGACAAUCAAAAGCAAACACUAUUCCUCUCACAGUAAUUCUUCAGUCCAGUGUUCAGAGCUGUAAAACAUCUGAACCUAACAUUUCUGGCAGUGCAGGCAUUACUAAAAGAGCCACCAGAUCUGCUUCAAGGAAAAGCAGUUUUAAAAGUCCCUCCAUUUCAAGGACUAAAACAGUCUUGCGUUAAGUAAAACCCUGUGACCAGAACUGAAGGGAAGACUAGGAACAGAAAACUACGACAGGACUUAGCACAAUCCGAGAACAAAGCAAAACUGCAAAAGCCUUAGUUGCUUCCCACCUACGAACUUCGUUCAGUGAAGAAAAUGUCCACUGGAGUUUAAAUAACUAACAGAGUUUGGAUGCAAGUGAAAGACGUGAAGAGGGCCCAACUCUCCUUCUGUAGAAUCGUCUCCAGUCUAACAACCAGGAAGCUGUUGUAAGUUUAGUCUCAGGUGUAAAAUCCGGGCCCUCUGUUGUUGGGAGAACAGACUUGUCUGCGUGACGCGUGUGUCCCCGUGAUGGCAAUCAUUGUCGCUGCUGGCCUUCAGAAGGAUGGAGGGUCUGACGGAGGCCUUUUACGUAUUUGUUUUGUGUUCACCCUGUGUUAAGAUUUACGAAGGUAGAAACAGCAUUACUGAGAUGGAACGCUCUGUAAUUUGCCACUGUUUGGUUUGAUCAUGUUCACGUUACGGUUUGUAAUUCUGUACUGAUGGUAACUCUGUUAAGUACCCAAGCUGCUUGUCUUCCACCAAAGAUGCUUUACUGACAGGAACCUGUGAGACCUGCAUUUAAACGCUGUUGCAUGCGUAAUAAAGUGGCACUUUGGUAACCUGAAACUUGCAAGAGAAUUUUGAUAGUAGCUUUAGAAGACUCAGGAGGAGAAACGGGCAUCAGAGUUGGAAGAAUAUUAUAGAUCAUUCCUUUUUGUGUCGUUUAGAGACUGAGAAUUACAAGGCUCCCAUUAUUUGGUUGCCCCGUCAUACAAAUUGAAAUCAUAUUUUCUUCCAUGCAUGAAAAAAACACACUGUUGGUUUUUCCCCUUGGAACCAGCAAUCCCAAACAAUGGGGGCUUUUCAAAAAAUGUUAUCACAUUUUUAGAGUCUUUCUCUGUAACUGAAUUUUUUUCUUAUGUGAUCAGCCUAGGGCCAUUCAUUCACACACCCUUGAUCUCAGUGACCAUUAUUUUCUGGAUUUCAGUUGCUUGUAGUGGCAGAAUUCACGGUGGCUUUGGUUAGGGAACACAGCUAGUCACUCUUUGCAGAGUGUCUGCUCCCCUGGGUCCCGCUGGAACGCGGCAGAGGCUGUGAUCUAAAGCAGUUACAAAAACAGAAUCUAUUUGCUGCUAAAAAAACAAACAGGGCCCAUAAUAAAAGGGUGUCUUGCAGUCACCUUGGUUCCUUCCAUGUAAGAAGUGAAUGGUUGUCAUUAUGGUUAACCAGUUUCUGCCUGUCCUGGUUUGGACAUUGGAGGGAUGUGACACUGCAAGGCCAUGAGGGCAGAUGCCUUCCGACUGUGUUGGGUCCGUAGGUUAUUCCAUUUAAAGAGCUGCCUUUUCCACAAAACUGUUAGGAACAAGCAGUGCUUGGAAGAAACAGGCUGAGAUAUGUUCAUGCAAAAGUAAGCAGAAGGCAGUGGUGCCAUCUUGGUGUUUACUCUCUUGGAGUAAAGUGUGAAGGGGCCUGGGGGAGAUGGACGAUGCCAUCGUCUUAGCCAAGCAAGAACUCUUUCCGCAGCAGGCAGCAUGGGGUGGGGUCAUGCCAGCUUUUAAAUACUGGGGACUAGAUCACAGGAAAACAGCGUGACACAGGAAACAAGUUCCUAUCCCUGGCGGUGAAUAGGCACGAGGACCCGAUGGGAAGACAGCUCUUUGGUGAGGUUCGGGGUGGGGAGCGCCCCGUUGGCCGCGUCCUGCUGAGACAGUGCCGUGUUCCAACUGUCAGGUGCCUCUCUCCCCUGGCACUGCCACAGGCCGUCUCCUCCGUAAGUAACCCAGGCAGCUGUGAAACCCUGACCUCCACCGAACCUUUCGUGCUUUGGCUUUUUAUCCUGUCAGAUUAAGUCAACGUGCUGCCCCUCACUGUGAGGAAGCCGUGUGGUGUCUUGGCCAAGAGUAAAAGAUCUGGGCUUCAGUGUCAACCACAGCACUUUUUAAUUUUAUAAAUUGCCUUUUCCUUUUUGCUGCUCAAGUUUCCAGUGAGAAUCUCUGUCACCGUGGCUCUUGCUAUAAACCCUUUUAUUUAACUGGCUCACUGAAAUUAGUCAUAGGAAACUUGGGAUUUGGUCAAGAAGCAUUCCUUGGAAAACCCAAAUGGCUUGGGAUAGUGCUUUCAGGGGGAUUGCGGAGCAACACUGGUCACCUUAACUGGGACAUAUCUAGAACCCAGAGAGUCUCUGGGUCUGGCUGAUGCGAAGUUCUUCGUGCUGUGAGUAAGAGUGGACCCUUCUCUUCCUACCGUCCCUCCCCCAACUGAAAUCACCAAACACCCAGAAUCUUCUGAGAUUCUAACUUAGAGUCCUUGUUACAGAAGAACUUGUCGCUCUGGAAUGUGAAAUGCUGCAUGUCACAGGGAGCAAUUCCUUUAACUUUAGAGCCUUAAGUAGCUUUUGAAAGUACACCAAGACAGUUUCCAGUGGAAUUAGGGAUGGAUAAUCUUUUUGGUCACCUGAGGCUUUCUGGGGUCAAAUCAUCAAGAGUCAGGGACAAUCCAGGGGAAGUGGGUCUGCAUAACUGGGCUCCUAGAAGUAUAGACCGACUUCUCUUUUGCACGGCCAAGGAAACCUAGGGCUCUCUCUUAGACCUGUUGGUGCAGAGGGGCCGAGGGUGAACAGCGCUCACUAAGCAAGCAGCCUGCUCGCAGUGUGGCUCCCCCAGCAGCACGUGGCUCUUCUGGACUCUCCUGGAUUCUCGGUUCUAAGUCUGAUACCCAUAGCCCCUGGCCCACCCAGCUCCCCCUGACCUCGUACCUCUCUAUCGGGUGAGUUCUACCUCUUUUCUUGGGCCCAGACAGGUUUUAGAAGAGGUCUGUGCACAUGUUUGUGGAGCACAAUCAGGUGCGUCAUGCUGUGUGGCCGGCAGGCCCCAGCUAUGUCGUGCCAGGAGCUCUGGAGCCUUGCCUUUGCCCAAGUCCCCAUUCAUGACAAGGGAUCAGUGUGCUUAUGUGGUAUUUGUUCUAAAAGUAGCUCAGCUGUUUCUCCUCAUACAUUCUGAAAAGCAAGAAUUAUGUUUUGGAAGGCAGUGCUCCUCAAAAAUGACUUUGAAAACGUGAUUUAUUUCUUUAAUAGUUUUCUGUCAAUGCGACUGCCCUGGCGAGGCUGGCUGCAGGGCUCUCCUCGACCUGAGCGCUCUCCACGGCACUGAGUGCAGAUGCUGCAGGCGCGUGUCAGACUGGACAGCUCGCCUGUCCUGUGUAGGAAAUUACCUCCUUAAUUACCCAGUAGAAUUCACUGUCAGCAGACAGGUUCAUCUGAUUAUAUAGGACUGCAGUUUUAUAUUAGUAAUUUGCAGACUUUUAUCUAACCUGCACUCAUGUACAGAUUAUUAAAAGUUUUAAAAUGUAACUGAUUAAUCAGUUUUGAUCAAUCAUUGUCUUGAUUUUUUUAAUAAAAUGUAUAUUUCUAAUCAUAUUUUUUAAAGCCAAGAGAACUGGUUGAAUGAGUGUUUAUUUUCCUGAAGGUAUUUUUAAGAUAAAGCUUCAUAAUGGCUGGUAAACUUUGCAUAUAUAUAUAUAUGUAUGUGGUUUGAUAUGUAUUGUUGAAUUUGAAAAUCUUGUGUAUUGAAACUGGUUUUAUACAAAAUAUUGAAUAGUGGGAAUUGUAUAAUUACAAUCACGUAAUUAAAAGUAUUAACCAAACA